GCUGGGAGGGCCGGCGAUCCGCGAUCUCCUCCCACCACUGCAGGAUCGCGGGGUCUUGGGGCAGCGCCCGGCCAAUAGACCACCCUAAGCUGCCGCCACCGCUCCGUGAGGGGCCACUCGCCCCCGAGGUCCUAACCCAGACCCCCAACACGUCCCGCAGCGCCCUGGCCCCUUGGUGGGUGGCCCAGAGCGUCGCGGUCCGGGAAGGGGCGGGGCGGAGCGGGGGCGGCCGAGCUCUCGCGAGGUUUCGCCGGGCGUCAGGCGGCGGCGGCUCGGCGACGGGUGCGGGAUGCGCUCGGAAAAGGAGGGGGCUGGAGGCCCCAGGGCGGCCGCUGCCGCGCGGGGCCCGAGCGGGAGAGAGAAGCCGUCGGCCGUAGAGGUGCAGUUCUACCGCGACUCGCCGCAGCGACAGCCGGAGACGCCGCCAACCUCGUCCUCCGGUUGUGGGGGCGGUGCGGGCAAACCUCGCGAGGAGAAGAGGACGGCCCUGAGCAAGGUGGUCAUUCGCCGCCUGCCGCCGGGCCUCACCAAAGAACAGCUGGAGGAGCAGCUGCACCCCCUGCCCGCUCACGACUACUUCGAGUUCUUCGCCGCCGACCUGAGCCUUUAUCCUCAUCUCUAUUCAAGAGCAUACAUUAAUUUUAGGAAUCCUGAUGACAUCCUUCUUUUUAGAGAUCGUUUUGAUGGAUAUGUCUUCCUUGACAGCAAAGGCCUAGAAUAUCCUGCAGUGGUAGAGUUUGCUCCAUUCCAGAAGAUAGCCAAAAAGAAGCUGAAAAAGAAAGAUGCCAAGACUGGAAGCAUCGAAGACGAUCCAGAAUAUAAGAAGUUUUUAGAAACCUACUGUGUGGAGGAAGAGAAGACCAGCACCAACCCUGAGAUUCUCCUGGGGGAAAUGGAGGCGAAGACAAGAGAACUCAUUGCUAGAAGAACCACACCUCUUUUGGAAUAUAUUAAAAAUAGAAAAUUAGAAAAGCAGAGAAUUCGGGAAGAGAAGCGAGAAGAACGGAGGAGGAGAGAGUUAGAAAAGAAACGCUUGCGGGAAGAAGAGAAAAGAAGAAGAAGAGAAGAAGAAAGAUGCAAAAAAAGGGAGACAGAUAAACAGAAGAAAACUGCAGAGAAAGAACUUCUUAAGAAACCAGAAAAGGGAGAGGAACCAACCACAGAGAAUCCAAAAGAAAGAGGAGAGGAGAUUGAUCCUGGAGGUGGCAAGCAGGAAUCCUGCACCCCCGGCACAGUCAUAAAAGUCAGGCCCGCGGAAGGCUCGCUGGAGGAGCCCCAGGAGAUGUCACGCAGUGGCAGUGACAAAGAGCACAGGGAUGUGGAGAGAUCUCAAGAAAAAGAACUUGAAGCACAAAGACCCCAUGUGGAUGAUGGCAGAAGGCACAGAGCUUACCACGAGCCUGACCGGCUUUCCAGCAGGAGUGAAGAUGAGCAGAGGUGGGGGAAAGGACCUGGGAAGAAGGGGAGCCAGGACAGUGUGGCCCCAGGGGGGGCCGUGGAGAGACUCGGAAGAGCACAGAGGUGUGAUGACAGUCCGGCACCCAGAAAGGAGCGACUGGCAAACAAGGACCGGCCCACCUUGCAGCUGUAUGAUCCAGGAGCUCGCUUCCGAGCUCGAGAGUGUGGUGGAAUCGGGAGGAACUGCAAGGCAGAAGCUUCGGGGACUGGUCCUGAGAAGAGGGAAGAGGCAGAGUGAGUCACAGUAUGCACCUGGCCUCCAGGAACGAGUGAAGGCAUCCCAGAAACGUGUACAUGACUCCAAGUGUUGCCGGAAGGGAGCACUUACUCCUUACCAGGAAACUGGAAGCUGAAAAUAAAGAGGGUGACGUAGAAACACACAGAAGCCAUUCUAAAGAAAGUAGUGAUCUUGUCUUAAAUUGAGCAGAAUUCUCGUGGAUUUUACCAUUUUUGGUAUAAACUAGUAUUUGGUGUUCAGCCAAAUCACAAAUGAUUUUCAUUGGACAGUAGAAAAGUAUGUGUAAAAUAGGGGAGAAAAUUAGUAUUGAAUCAGUAUGAGCCCUGAAGCAGGGUCAGUGCCGUGAGAACAACGUCCACUUUGGGUUUUGUGUGUUUGUAAGCAGAGGAGCUGUCAGCCUCAUGGUGCUUCCCGCUGGCUUCUGAGCCGUGGUGUCGAGGAAAGAGCAGUUCUUGUUUGUUUGUUUGUUUUGAGACGGAGUUUCGUUCUUGUUACCCAGGCUGGAGUGCAAUGGCAUGAUCUUGGCUCACCGCAACCUCUGCCUCCUGGGUUCAGGCAAUUCUCCUGUCUUAGCCUCCUAGGUAGCUGGGAUUACAGGCAUGCGCCACCGUGCCCAGCUAAUUUUUGUAUUUUUAGUAGAGACGGGGUUUCACCAUGUUGACCAGGAUGGUCUCGAUCUCUUGACCUCGUGAUCCACCCACCUCGGCCUCCCAAACUGCUGGGAUUAUAGGCAUGAGCCACUGCGCCCAGCCAACAGUUCUUGUUUGUUACAACCUUUGUGAGUCAGCCACACCUGUGCUGUGUUUUAGUCCUUCUGGUAGGAAUAUAUAUCAGACUUCACAUUGUAUAAAACCCAACAGCUUCACCUAUUGCUAUUUCAACAGUUUUGCCACUGGCUGGAUGAACGUGGUUUCACAGUCUUGGAUGGACACAUUUGUGGUUUGUAACCAUUAUGGUUUAAACCAUGGUUUAAGGAUUUGCCCAAAUAACAGAAAUUUUGUUCGGGAGGGAUAAAGUGGGUACAGCACAUAGAUGAAUGUUAGAUACUUUAUUUGUAAAUAACUUAAAAUAGCUUUCUGAAGCUAUGCAUCCUAUAGUUUCUUCCUUUCAGUGAAGUUGUUAAAUGUUAAUGUAUUUUUCGCACUAUGAUUUUAACCAUUUAUUAAAUAAUUUUUUUAAAGAA